AUGUCAGAACAUUUCAUGUUCUAUGAACUUAUAAAAUCAAGUUUUAUUGAAUUGAGUUCUGAGUUUCGUUGUUCUCGGGACAUAUUAUUACAUUUGUCACAAAAAACUUCAUCCACAAACCACUGGCUCUACACAUCUGAAGUGCUCAAGUAUUUCGUUUUCCCAAAUCAGACACUCAACUUUGAUGACACCUCAACAGCCACAGCUCCCGUUUAUUUUAAGAAUGCCACCAUCGGACCGUGGUUGUUUUGUUGGGCUGAUCCCAUUACUCCAUUCCACUGCUCGACUGUCUAUUAUCUGACAGAUGAGGAGCCUAGUGACACAACGACAUCAGUUCAACAAUCCGUUCGACGUGCAUUUCUUUUCAUGCUUGUUGGAAUGAUUCUGGAUGGUUUCGGAUUAAUGAUGGCAGUGAUUUGUUAUUGUUUAAAGAAUCCGUAUGCCUCUCUUUUGGUGUCAAGUCUAUUACAUAUAAAUUCAGGAAUUGCGAACUUCUCCUGUAUCAUUGUUUACAUGUCGGCUGUAUCUAAAGAAGUUGGUAACAAAAUCCACGCUGCAAGUGAAAUGGAUGACCCACUUUUCUAUAUGUCGUAUGGAUUCUCGUUCUGGUGUUUGAAAGCAAGCUUCCUGUUUACGGAACUAGCUGCACUAUUUUCAAUUAUCGUCUAUAUGGCGAAACGAGAUGAGCGGACCUUCAAUCGCUACAAAAUACGAGCCACUUUCAAUGCACAAAAAGAAAAACCUGAGACUACAUCUGAAGAUCAAGACCGACAGUUGAGUAUUCUGACAGACUCCUCACAUACUAGAUUUAAUAGGAGAACUGGAUCCCACACAACUGCUGAUUCCCCCCCACCCGAACUCGACUCAAUGAUAAAGACUUCUGGCUCCGAUAGAGCUCUUCAAAAGUACAAAACUGGAAUCCAAGGCUCGUUCUCACUUCUAGCAGAGUCGUUUAAUCAUCUGCCAGAACAGAGCAGGUCCGGAAGCGAGAUAUCAUAUAAUGGAAGACGAUCGACGAUUCGCAAACCACCCCAACCUUCGAAAUCGCAGCCAUUGAGGCGGUUUGCAAUACCAGUGUCGCAGGAAUUUACGACGGCGAGCCCACAAAACGAAAGAAAUCCUUCUCCGUCCGCUUCAUUCAUGUCGUUUCUUUCUAACUCGUGUCAAAUGACACCUACUCAAAAACGUAAAACUAAAAGCGUCGGACCGAAAGCGAAAAAGUCUAAAACAGAAGAUAUCGACACAUUAUCUCAAUCGCUGAUGAAUCAAAUGAAAGCGACAAAUCCAAAAGAUGAAUUAUUGCUUCAGCAGUUAUUCUGUCAGACGACCGAUUCUCCUGUUUCUAAUUCCACAAAAAAAGCGUCACGUCACCAUGUUCCUUAUACUGCCAGUUUCUGCGACAUCUGCAAGAAAGAAGUUUGCAAUAAGUACUUCCUCCGUACCCAUAUGUUCAAAAUGCACGGAAUUGUUAUUGACGAGAACAAGACGGUCAUAGCGAAAAUCGACACGAGAAUGAACGAAGGAGAGCUGACAUUCAGAUGUGAAGACUGUAAGCAAACGUUCAGAGCACGAGAUGCGCUUCGGGAGCAUCGAUAUGAAGUGCACGGACUGAAAUUGGCGCCGCCACCAUCAGAUUCGCUAGGCGAAACAAGCGACGAUUCGUCAGGAUCUCCUAGCCCGCCAAUCGAAGAAUCUGAUGACUUUGCAAACAUUUUGUCGAUUAUCAGCGAAGCAGUCGAAAAAUCCACAGAGACUUCGGAAGAGAAGACGACGGAUUUCACUAAAGCAUCAGAAAGCGUAUCGGAGGAAUCUGAAAAGGUGGAAAACGAGGUCGAGUGUACCCAUUGUAGUGAAAAGUUUGCGCCGGCAAUGAUGGGAUUCCACGUCAUGCAAGAGCACAUGGGAGCUAUCGGUGACAAUAUCGACAUUGUACUUUCGAUGCUCAAUCAAGCGGGAACAGCACCAAGAGAACCAUCUCCCAUUGGAUCAGAAGAACCCCUCAAAUCUUCAGAAGUCGUCAAGAAAAAUUUGAAAACCACCCGAAUUCAUAAACGUCGUCAAAAGUGUACGGAAUGCAGCUAUCGCACUCGUAGUGAUAAGAACCUUUUGAUGCAUAUGAUUCGGCACGAAAAGAUGAAUACGGCGGGAGAGGCUGAAGCGAUCAACGCAGAAGCGAUUUUGAAUUUCACGCAGAUGUUGGCGGGCGAACAAGCAGAGACAAGUACAACUUCAGAAGCGCUCAACGUCGACUCGGAAGUUCUUCAGAAACUAAUGAUGGAGGAACUCGAAAAGCAAGCAUCAGCACUUCUGAAAAAUCAGAACCAUACCGAUACGAGUGGAAGUGUAUCCCCUGCCGAAGUAGCCCUCGAUCGAAAUCAUGAGGAAACACAGCUUCUAACCCAAAAGAUUCUUGUCAGGUGCUCCGAUGAAAGCGGCCAACUCCCCGCCGAAUUCCUCUUGAAAUUGCCAGUUCGCACACUUCUCACGGAAACACGAAAAAUUGAAUUUGAGCUCAUUCCGACUGCUGACUGA